GGAUGCAGACGGUCGGACGGACACUCCCCAGGCUAACCAGGUCAGGCUCCUUGGCCUCCCUCACCCUACGCUCACGCCUCGCACGCCCCGCCCCUCUCUUCCGCUUUUCUACCCUUUCUUCCCGCUCCCAGAACGCCGCCCUCGCGUCUGAGCUCCGCGACCUCCGCACACAAGUGCGCGCCGCGUCCACCGCCGCUGCACUCAAGACAAACACCGCGCCAGAUGCCGCAGCGAGCGAGAACGCAUCGGCGUACCAGCUGACCGAGACGGACGUCAAGCGGCUCAAGUUUCAGCGCAAUAUUGGCGUUUCUGCCCAUAUUGACUCGGGCAAAACCACGCUCACGGAGCGCGUGCUGUACUACACCGGGCGUAUCAAUGAUAUUCACGAGGUCCGCGGUAAAGACUCCGUCGGCGCCAAAAUGGACUCGAUGGACCUCGAGCGCGAAAAGGGCAUCACCAUCCAGAGCGCCGCCACCUUCUGCGACUGGGAGGCCACCUCCCCCACCACCGGCGAGCGCAACAAGUACGCCGUGAACAUCAUCGACACCCCCGGCCACGUCGACUUCACCAUCGAGGUCGAGCGCGCCCUCCGCGUCCUCGACGGCGCCAUUCUCGUGUUAUGUGCUGUCGCGGGCGUGCAGAGCCAGACGACGACGGUGGAUAGGCAGAUGAGAAGGUAUGGCGUGCCGAGGAUUUCGUUUAUUAAUAAGAUGGAUCGACCUGGUGCGAACCCAUGGCGCGUCAUCAACCAGAUCCGGCAAAAGCUCAAGAUUGCCGCUGCCGCCGUGCAGGUCCCCAUCGUCGAGAACGACGAGCUAAAGGGUGUCGUCGACCUCGUCCGGUGGAAGGCCAUCUACAACGAAGGCCACAAGGGCAUCGACAUCGUCGAGAGCGACGACAUCCCCGCGUCCACACUCGCCCUCGCCCAGCGGAAACGCACCGAGCUCCUCGAGCAGCUCGCCGAAGUCGACGACGCGAUCGGCGACGCCCUCCUCUGCGACGAAGUGCCCUCCCCGCCCGAGCUCGCCGCGGCCAUCCGGCGCGCGACCGUCUCGCUCCGCUUCUCGCCCGUGUUCAUGGGCAGCGCGAUCAAAAACACCGCCGUGCAGCCCUUAUUGGACGGCGUCUGCGCGUACCUCGCCUCGCCCGCCGAGGCGCGCGUCGUCGCGACGGACACGGCGGCAGUCGAGUCCGGCGCCGCGGAGGAGGGCACGCCCGAGGCGGAGGUGGAGCUCGUGCCCGCUGCGCAGGCGCCGCUUGUCGGGCUGGCGUUUAAGCUCGAGGAGGGGCGGUUCGGGCAGCUGACGUAUAUGCGCGUGUACCAGGGCACGUUGCGCAAGGGCGGGCACAUUUAUAAUGCGAAGAGCGGGAAGAAGGUCAAGGUGCCGAGACUGGUGCGGAUGCACAGUAAUGAGAUGGAGGAUAUCGAGAGUAUCGGGCCGGGUGAGAUUUGUGCGAUUUUCGGGGUGGAGUGUUCGUCCGGGGACACGUUCACGGACGGCUCGACGAGCCUGUCGAUGACACCCAUGUUCGUCCCAGACCCCGUCAUCUCGCUCGCCGUGAAACCCGCGGGCAAAGAAACACCCAACUUCUCACGCGCGCUCAACCGGUUCCAGAAAGAAGACCCGACCUUCCGCGUGCACCUCGACCCCGAGUCCAAAGAGACGAUCAUAUCGGGCAUGGGCGAGCUGCACCUCGAGAUCUACGUCGAGCGCAUGCGGCGCGAGUAUAAUGUCGAGUGCACGACGGGCAAGCCGCGCGUCGCGUUCCGCGAGACGAUCACGCAGCGCGCGGAGUUUGCGUUCACGCAUAAGAAGCAGACGGGCGGGCAGGGCCAGUUUGCGAGGAUUAGCGGGUAUAUUGAGCCGCUGUAUGAUCCGAACGAGGGGCCGUCGUCUUCGUCUGGGAGUGGUGGUGGUGGUGGUGAGGCGGAGGGCGAUGGGGGUGAUAAGCGCAAGAUGGCGAAGAAGCCCGGUGGGGGGAGGAAGGACGCGGUGUUCGAGAACGAUGUGAUGGGCGGGACGGUGCCGAGCAAUUUUAUCCCUGCGAUCGAGAAGGGCUUCUACGAGGCGCUCGAAAAAGGCACACUCUCCGGCAACCCGAUCACCAACGCGCGCUUCGUCCUGCAAGACGGCGCAUACCACGCCGUCGACUCCUCCGAACUCGCCUUCCGCCUCUGCACGAUCGGCGCCAUCCGCGAAGUAUACGCCAAAACGCGCCCGGCCGUCCUCGAGCCGAUCAUGUCCGUCGAAGUCGUCGCACCCGCCGAGUUCCAGGCCGCCGUCAUCGGCGGGCUUAAUUCCCGCCGGGGCACGAUUGUUGAUUCGGAAGUGAGGGACGAGGAGUUCACGUGUACGGCGGAGGUGGCGUUGAAUGAGAUGUUUGGGUAUAGCGGGCAGCUGAGGGGACAGACGCAGGGGAAGGGCGAGUUUAGUAUGGAGUAUAGGGAUCAUCGGCCGGUGUUGCCGCCGCUGCAGAGGGAGAUGGAGGAGGCGUAUAAGCGGUCGAUGCCGCAGGCGAAGAAGUAGGUGUGGUGCUGGGGGUGGAGCGCAUGCUUUGCUUUGGUUGGGCUCUAUUGGUGUGGAGGCUGGGGCGGCGCGCAUGCUUGCAUAGAUUUAUGGUUUUUACUGCAUACCACGAUAAACUGACUACAUACAUAGAGUAACAUAGUUGUAAUGCUUCCCCCGUAACUGGGGCUGGGUAAUGGGAUCGCUAUCAUC